AAUCUCCCAAAAUGAAUUUCGACACUGUGGAACCUCCUCCUCAUCCUCUUCUCCUCCUCCUCCUCCUCCUCCUCUUCUCCUCCAGCAGGUUGUGAGCUUCGCCCCUGGAGGAGCUGCUGGAUGCUGCCGAACACACCCUGAGCAUCUUUGCACAUCAAUGUAGGUGUGAAACCAACAACAGCUGAAGAAGAGCAUCAGAAACCUUCAUCAGAUAUGUGGUGUUGCACCGGUUGACUGCUGCUGCUGCUUGAGGUUACUGUGGUGAUGGCAGGGUCAAAGAUGACCGUGCCACUGGCUGUAGUGGUUGUCCUCUCAGUGCUGCUGACAGGAGCAACCCCUGCUGGGCCUGAGAUGGACCCAUACAAGAUCUUGGGCGUAACCAGGAGUGCAAGCCAGGCUGAGAUCAAGAAGGUCUACAAGCGUCUCGCAAAAGAAUGGCAUCCUGACAAAAACAAAAAUCCAGGUGCUGAGGACAUGUUUAUCAAGAUUACCAAAUCUUACGAGAUCCUGUCCAGUGAAGACAAACGAGCCAACUAUGACCGUUACGGGCAAACUGAUGACACCCAGCCAUACGGCGGCGCUCGCUACGGUCAGCGCCACGACAGCUUUUACUUCGACGAGUCCUUCUUCAACUUUCCCUUCAACAGCAAGAACCACAGGGACUUUGCUGACAGCAAGUACACGUUGCACUUUAACCAGUACGUCAAUGACGUGGUGCCCGACAGCUACAAGAGACCAUACCUGAUAAAGAUCACCUCUGACUGGUGCUUCAGCUGCAUCCACAUCGAGCCCGUGUGGAAAGAGGUGGUGCAGGAGAUGGAGACUCUAGGUGUCGGGAUAGGUGUGGUAGAUGUUGGCUAUGAGAGACGGUUAGCCAAUCACCUCGGCGCUCAUCGCACCCCGUCAAUACUUGGAGUCAUAAAUGGCAAAGUGACGUUUUUCCAUUACGCUGUAGCAAAGGAGCACCUGAGACAGUUUGUAGAAGACCUUCUUCCUCAGAGACUAGUGGAGUGGGUCACCGACAAGAAUGACCCGCAGUUCCUGAGCAGCUGGCAUGAGCUCAACAAGCCCCAUGUGCUUCUGUUCGACCAAGUGCCUGUAGUUCCUCUGCUUUACAAACUGACAGCUUUUGCUUAUAAGGACUACUUGCAGUUUGGCUAUGUGGACCAGGGCCUUUCAGAGACCGCUAAUCUGCAGAAAGAUUUCAAUAUUAACACGUACGCUCCGACCAUGUUGGUCUUCAAAGAGAACACUGACAAGCCCGCUGACAUUAUUCAGGCCAAAGGAAUGAAAAAGCAAAUUAUCGAUGAGUUCAUGUCAAACAACAGAUUCCUCCUCGUGCCACGGCUGGUCAAUCAGAAGCUCUUUGAUGAGCUCUGUCCUGUCAAACAGUUCCAUCGACGCAGAAAAUACUGCGUCCUGCUGAUCACAGGUGAUGAAGAGACCUUUUCUUUUGGGAACCAGGCGUUUCUCUCAUUUGCCUCUACCAAUACCAAGGAAGUCGUGAGGUUUGCGUAUGUGUACCAACGGCUACAGCAGCCUCUUUGUGACAUCCUCAUGCAGAACAAGGACAGUGCACAGUCGCCAGCACAGGUGGUGAUCCUGGAGAGGCGUAAUGCUGCAGGGAAGGCCUUGUACAAGCCGGUGACCGCCUGGAACGGCAGCGAGGAAGACAAACAGCGUCUUCUGGAGGAGCUGGACCGACUACAGAAGGACCCGUCCAUCCUAGUCCAUGACGCCAUGCUGCCCGAGCUCAACAACGAGUUUGCCUCCAUGUUUGUAAUCCGAUGGAUCUAUGCAUCUUACGAUUACCUCGCUGAAGUCAUCGAUGACAUUCUGCACAACAACUGGCGCGAGAUGAUGCCUCUUCUGUCCCUCAUCUUCUCCGCCUUGUUCAUCUUGUUUGGAACCGUGGUCAUCCAGGCCUUCAGUGACUCAAGUGAAGAUAAGCAGACUAAACCGAAGGCUAAAGAUGGAACAAAAGCAGAAAAUGGGUCACCAGGGACUGGUAGUGCUUCAAGUCGGCCUCCGAAGAAGAAUUUUGUAGAAGUGACGGAGCUGACGGAUAUCACUUACAUAAGCAAUCUGGUGAAGCUGAGGCCAGGACACAUGAACAUAGUGCUAGUGCUCACUGACGCCUCCAAGAACAUCCUCCUUAGCAAGUUUGCCAAAGAGGUCUACUCCUUCACAGGGAGCCUGACACUGCAUUUCUCCUUCCUGAAUAUCGACAAGCACGGCGAGUGGAUGAACACGCUGCUGGAAUAUGCCCAGGACGCCAUGCAUAUCGACGCGGACGAGGACGACGGGGGAAACCGCAAGAUGGACUACACCGGCUACGUUCUGGCACUCAACGGCCACAAAAAGUACCUUUGUCUGUUUAAGCCCGUCUACACUGGGGAAGACGUCGACAGCAAGUCAUCUGAGGAUGAAGGGGGCACCUCAGGGGGGAGGUCGAGAUCCAGUUCCCGUGACGACCACCCGCCGCGCAAAUCCAACCGGUCCCGCAGCUUAUCCACCCUGCAGAUCCACCACAAACUGGACCGUCUGGGGUUGUGGAUGGAAAGGCUCAUGGAAGGCACUUUGCCUCGUUACUACAUCCCCACGUGGCCAGGACUAGACAAAAUCACCCCCAGUAAAUAGAUCGAGGCGCGUUCUGUCCUAUUUUUGCACUUGAUAUAUUUGAUAGUUACAGGUGUCUUUAAAGGAACAGUGCGGAACAUUUUGGGGGAUGUAUUAGCAGAGAUGGAAUAUAAUAUUCAUAACUAUGUUUUCAUUAGUGUAUAAUCACCUGAAACGCUUGUGAAUCUGUGGGAACGUGAGCAGCAGAGUGUAAAACUUACUACUACUACUUAAACACACACACUACUUAAAGAUGCAGUGUGUAGGAUUUUGGCGGCAUUAGGCGUGCAGCGGAUCACAAAACUCACGGUUCGGAUUGUAUCACGGUUUUGAGUCACGGAUUGGAAAAUAUAAAAAUUACUUGCACUAAAUUAAUUACACUGAACGCAAGGAACAUUUGGCUAUGGUUUUGCAUGAAAACAACAACAUAAAUAAAUAAAAUAUUGAAUACUCAAUUGUUUAAAUCAAAUCUUAAAUUACUCAAUAAUACUCAAUUCUGUUAAAUAAAAGUUAAAUAUGAGGCAUGAUGAUAGUUCUUCCUUUGAACAAUAAAAAAAUAAAUGAAAAUUCAUCAAAAUCAUCAAAAAAGUUAACAAAAAAAAAGAAAGCAAAGCAGACCUGAGCUAGCUUUUUUCAGAAAGAUCAGAUAUUUUUAAAUCCUUGGUUUUCCACAAUGGAGUAUGGCCUCAUGUCUGCAGUGAUAAACAUACCAAUAGAUCUGUACGGAUCAACUACGGUCCAUUACACCCCUAGGUGGCGUAUAGCGGUGAGGUUGCAGAUUGCAACCAACUGAAACUCCUGUGUGUGGCCAACCUGCGAAUAGCCCUAUCUCAAGUUUUGUUUGUCCAUUCUGGGCUACUGUAGAAACAUAGUGGACUCCGUGAAGAGGACCCGCUCCGUAUGUAGAUAUAAACGGCUCAUUCUAAGCUAACGAAAACACAACGAUUCUUAUUCUCGGGUGUUUAUACACUAAAGAAAACAUACUUGCUAAUAUUAUAUUCCAUUUCUGCCAAUAGAUCCCCCUAAAUGUUACACACUGGUCCUUUAAAAGUUGGGUCAAUAUUACAAACUUGGCUUCAGUGCAACUGCUGUGGGACCGGUUCUUUAACGCACCCCUCUUACACUCAUCGCAUGCUGUUUUCAACUGUUGCUGGUAGUCAUAUUUUAUUCAGAGAAAUGCUGCUGCUACAACCUUGUGAAGAGAAAACUAUAUCACUGUGGCCACCUGUACUCUCCUGCCUCCAUGACCAUCAGUCAUAUUCACACACUGAAGGAGGCAGGAUGACUACUUUAGACUUCGUUGAUGAAUACUGUGAAUAGAGGUGCAUGUCUCCAACACUAAAUGUCUUGCCUUUUCAUGCAUCUCAGCCCAAUUACUUUUCCUUUAUAGAUCUCCUGAAUGCCGACUCGCUUGUGCAAUAUAGCGCACUGCUGUAACAACAAAGCCUUGGUCUCGUUAGCCAGUAGCUUCAUGUAGCAAACAUAAUGAACAGGCUUCCCAUUUCAUUUUCUGAAUGUUUCCCAAAAUGGCCACGAUUGACUGAUACAUUAUCAUUUUGUCAUCUUGAAUUACGUAGACAUAAAGUCAGACUUUAGUGUGCGCUUGCUUGGGUUAUUAUUAAUUUAUUUUGUCAACACUAAGUGUAAAAACGUCAUUGAUAUAACUUUGUUGGUACAAUGUGAUGUAAAUAUUGUACAUAAUCAUGUUAUUAUAAAGAGUAUGUAACUUGAAAGAUAAGGUGAAUGUUUUACAUGGAUUUAUGAAAAUGCUGUAGUUAUGUUUCUGUUUGUUUCCCACUGAGAGUUUCUUUUACAAGUUAGUGUAAAAAAAAUGAUGUCUCCUAAUGUCAGAUGUUUCAGUUGGUCUUCUGUAGUGCAUUUAUCCUCUUGUUGGUUGUAAUAAAAUGCUUUAUGUUUGUUAA